AUGUGCAGCAAUUACGAGAACAUCAAUUUCUCCUACGUCGUGGUCAGCAAUGGAGACAGUGGCUAUAGUCUAGAAGAGCUAUUAACUUCAAGCGACACGCAACAGUCGAACAACAAUCAGCUUGGUGGCGCCAAGUGUAAGCGUCCUCGCACUGCGUUUUCAAGUCAUCAACUGCUGGAAUUGGAGCGAGAGUUCAAUGAGAAUAAAUAUUUGGCCAGAACCCGAAGAAUCGAGAUUGCUCAGCGACUCGAGCUGACGGAGAGGCAAGUGAAGGUUUGGUUCCAGAAUCGUCGCAUGAAGUCCAAGAAACAUGCGCAUCGACAACUCCAACCCAAAGGCUUGAUAGUGCGUGCCAAAAGUACUCCAACACCCCCUGAACUGCAAGUGGAGGAAUCUCUCACUGAUCACGAGUUAAUUGUGGAGCGACUUUUGCAAUACGUAAACACGGAACAAGUGCCGACAAAUUACGAUUUGCCACAACAGUACUUUGAUGCAACACUAUUGGAACAACAACCUCAGCAGCAGCAGCAGCAACAACAACAGCAACAGUUCUGCGAAUAUCCAGAAACUGUUGAAAGUCAUCUGUCAAAUCCACUUCCAGACUUUACAUGGCAGCCCAAUUAUAUGGACACAGAUCCAUGGAGUGCAAUAAUGAAUGAACAGCCAUAUGAUUAUAUCGAUAAUUUAACAGUCAAUCCCGAUACACUAUUGGAUGAACAUUUUGGCUGGGACUCGAGUAACUCCUUGACCACUUCUCAAUCUACAUCAACAUCCACUUCCUCAUCCACUUCCCCCUUCUUACGAUUCAUUUGA